GGGGAUAGCACAGGAAAUGUGAGGUAUUGCCAACCUAAACUAUCUGAUGAGCUUGGAUUUUUGGCUCCGAUGCAGAACAAUAUUCAAGAAGGUGAUGCAUAACAUCAACAAGGGCCAGAACUGCCUUGGACCCUUGGGUCUCCUUGUCCCAGACCUGCCCCACAAAGGAUCCUUGGACUUCAAAGCAACUAGGCUGCUAAUGUGGUCCUACAUGUAGAUCAAAACUAUGUAGCCAAAAAGAAAUACACUACAGGAUUGAUGCCCCUUUGGAUCUGUACAUUCCCUUUACCAAUUGACCUAGUCUUCCACUCAGCCGUACAUGUGCCAGUGAGCCAACCCAGCCCACAAACAUUCCUGUAGUUUGUGUCCUGUAUGGUGUUUGUUUUAAAUGUAAAGAGAUUUCUUAUGUUUAGAAUGAAACAUUCCCCACUAUUUGUAUAUUACAGUAUGUACAUUGGCUUUUACCAGUUCCCAACAGCCCCUUUCUUGCAGUCGAAAUUAUCUACAGGACUGAGUGCUGAGUGUUGUUUGUAUAGAUAUUACCAGUCAAUGGUACAGGAGACUUUGACAUAAUCUUGUUUAUGUACCUAUUAUAACCAAAAAGCUCUUUUGUAGUGUUUGAAUAAGCUUUCGAAAUCCCAAAUUCCAAGAUCGGAAAGUGCUCUCUUCUGACUUGAAUUGAAUCCAAGGCACACCU